UUUCAGCGUUUUUUUGUCUCGAUAAUGUUCUGCUAUUGUGAAUAAUGUUUGAAAUAAUAAACUGGAGCUCAAUAUAGACCUAAAAUGGCUUUUAGGGGCUUCAAAAAAGCAAUUAAUGAUGCAAAUUUUUCAGUAAAUAUCUCUUCUAACGGUACAAGAUCGAUCGAAAGACGUUUAAGCGAAGGUGGAUUUGAAAAUCGACGUUGUUAUACAGAUGGGUUUGAAAAUAAAUCUAAUACAUCAAGUUAUCGUGGGUCUGGUUCAGGAAAUAAUGGUGGUCGUUGGAAAAGAGGAGGUAGUUUUAAUAAUAGAAAUGGUGGUGGCAGAGGAUAUGGAAAAGGAAAUUUUAAACCAAAGCAUAGAUUUGUUGAUGAUGAUGAUGAUGGGGAUGCAAGAAUGAGAGAUGAAGAGCAUUUACAUCGCAGUAAUUAUGGUGGCAGUGGAUUUGGAAACAAAGAAAGAGAUAGAGAUGAAAGUGAUUGGUUUAAAGUUGUAGUGCCAGAAGGCAAAAAACAUAAUCGAGACUGGUUGCUAAACAAAAUCAAGCAAAUAGCAAAGGUUUCCUUUGAAGAAGUUGACUACCAUACUUUUAAAGAUAAUAUUGUUUUUUUUCUUAAAGGCCAAAUGAUUGCAGACGCUGUUCAAAGUGCAAGUAACAUUGUCACUACUAAAGAUGGGUCAAAAUUGUUUUUUACUGUACGGCCUAGUAGACCUCCUAACAAUAAUAUAAAUAAAGACGAAAAAAAGUCUUCUAGCAAUACUUCUGUUGAAACUUCACCUGAAAAGUUAGAAGUCUUAAAAACCUUUCUUGGUAAUCGUUAUGAUGUUAAACUAGUCAAGUUAGAUUUGUCUAAUAUUUCAAGUGAGAAAAUUCUUUUUGAAAAUCGGAUAGAAGGGCAUGCUGGAAAUUUUAAAUUUAUGAACACUAUAUUUACUAUUAUAAAUUCUAUAUGCCCUCAAUUAAAAUCUUUAGAUUUGUCACAUAAUGGUAUUACAAGAUUAAACACUCUUGAAUUUUUAGCAGAUAAGUGUCCAGAAUUAGAGGAGUUAAAUUUGUCAAGAAAUCAAAUUCGCUUUUCAGGGGAAUUAACGAAAAUUGCUUCAAACAAAAAGUUAAAAAGGUUGUUUUUAAAUGAUAAUCCAUUUUCAGACAAUUACAAGUCAGACAAUGUUGCCUAUAUAGCAGAGAUUCGCAGUAAACUACCUGAUAUUGAAGAGUUAGACGGUGUUGUUUUACCAAAAACUAUUAAAUGUGACUUACUCUCAGAAUCUGUUAUUCCAGAAUCAAAACCAGCUUAUACUGAAAACCAAGAUGCAUUAAAAUUGAUAGCAACAUUUUUAGAAAAUUAUUAUAAGAUAUAUGAUUCUAGUGAUGCAAGUUAUCGCCAACAUUUAUUAGGAGCAUAUCAUAAUGAUGCGGUGUUUUCUAUGUCUUUAAAUACAGGAAUAUCUUCAAGUAGCAAAAGUCAUUCGUUGAAUGAUUAUGUCAAAAUAAGUAGAAACUUGCGACGAAUACGUGAACGAAAUAUAAGACAUCAGCUUAUUAAACAAUCAAAACUUGCUGUUGUUGCUUUUUUAACUGAGCUGCCAACAACAACACACAAAUUAGAUUCUUUUGUUCUUGAUAUACCUGUUGUGACGCCAUCAUGUCUUGUAUUCACUAUUCAUGGAGUUUUUUUGGAAAAGAAGUUGAAUAUUUUGAGAGGUUUUUCUAGAGUUUUUGUUAGUGUGCCUGAAACAAAUUCCCAGUUUUUAAUUAUAAAUGAUGAACUUCACAUUAGAAAUAUCACUGAUGCACAACUAGCUAAGUUCGAAAUAAAACCAAUUGAGACAAAAGAGCAAGAAUUGUUAAGUGAGACAAAACAACAAGAACUAAUAAAACAGUUUUCUUUGCACUCUAAAAUGAACUUGAAAUGGUCUUGUGAUUGUUUAGUAUCAAAUGGAUGGAAUUUUGAGCAAGCUGCUACAAAAUUUACUGAACUAAAUAAUUUGGGAAAAAUUCCACCAGAAGCAUUUGUUAUAUAAUUUUUAUUAAAUCAUAUUAUAUUUCUGACUGUAAACUUGUUUGUUUGAAUUGGUAUUAGUAGUUGAGAA